AUGAAUGCUUUUAUAGUAACCUUAAGGCCAAUUUUAAUGCUAUGUAAGAUUGUAGGCAUAAUCAACACAUCGUAUUAUUUUGAAUCGAAUGGCUUAUUGGUCAAAAAUACAAACUCUAAGUGUCGCUUACUUUUUGAAUUUUCAAAAACAGUUAUAAUGUUAAUAUUUACUUACUAUAAUCUUAAAAAAUUAAGUUUUCUCGAUUCAUUGAUUUUAUAUAAAUUUUGGACCGCCAUUAUUACAUCUAGAAUAUCAGAAACCUGGAUCAUUAAGUUGAUUAAUGGCAUCAUCGAAUUCGAUCAAAACCUAACAUCUCUCCCAACGUACUUACAAACUUACCGUCGUCAGUAUGAUAAAAAAUGUUUGAAUAUAAUCUUUAUUUGUGCGUUUUUGUAUUACACAGUAAUAACGUUAUUGUUAAUGUAUUUAUAUCCUAUAAAAAGAAUGGAUAUCAAUGUUAUUUUCAUAUAUUUUGUUCGUAUAUCUUUCAUCGUGGACUUUACAGUAAUUGUUUCUUCAUACUUUUACUUACACAACUUGCAGUAUAGAUUCGAAAUAUUGAACGAUAUCUGGAAAUUUCUUCCAGCUGGGCUGUUGGCUGUUCCCGGUGAAUGUUCACAUUAUGAUAUAGCGAUGAUGGUGGACCACAUACGAUUGUUACACGCUCAACUGUCUGACAUAUUAAGAGUAUUCAGUUUGGGUUACGGACAAAUGCUCUUGGGUUACUUUGUAUUCAGCUACAUUAAUAUGUUGGUUUUUUUCUUUUUUACAUUUUACUUUAAAUAUCCAACAUCUUCAGAAAAUAAUGAUAUGAAUAUGAUCCUGAAAAAAACUGCGCCAUUUGUCUAUAAUUUACAAAAUAUAAUUUGUACAAUGUCCAUCAUUACUGCGGCCGCACGAGUACACGAUAAGAAACGACAAAUAAUAUCUUAUCUACGGUUAACCAGGAUUUCAAAUUUAUCGAUUCCUUUAAAAAUCCAGAUUAAAAUGUUUAUGAAUCAAGUAUCAAUUUUUGAAUCAACUGAAAUAACCGCCUAUGGAAUUUUCAGUAUUAAUUUGAAUCUAGUUAUAUCAAUACUAAUAUUACUUAUAUCUGGAAUAACAACAUUGAUACAAAUGAAUGAACACCCGUUUAUAUGGCAAACAAUUAAUUCUAUACUGAAUUUCUAUAAAAAAUUGAAUGUAUCGAAUUAG